CAUAGCCACAUAACCAGCAGGCAACAGCCUACGUCGUUACGACUAUCAUCGUCUCUCUUGGUGUUGACCACGCUCGAAGCACGUAUCUAAGUCUAAUCCUUGACCGAAGCCUGCCGCUUGCCGCUAGUCGCUUGUAGCUUUCCUAAGUCGUAUCGUGCCUGAAGCCAGAACAGCGGCUGAAUACGCGGUACGCACAGGCAGGAACAUGUCGUGACAGUGUCUGGCUGGACGGAAGUGUAGCUGAUCGUUAGAACGUUCUGUGGCGCUCCUGACUGCCAUGGGUAGAGAGAGAGAAAGGCACCCGCUUACCCAAGAGAGACCCGAGAGACAAAACCGGCGUGCGCCGAUAAUGCUCUAGGGGCAGAGAGUCCCUUUCACGGCAACUUCUGAGUCGACUUAGAAGUCACCUCGUUACAAUGUCACACGACACAUUAAGGAAACCGUCGUGUGCCGAUAAUGCUCUAGGGACAGAGAGACCCUUUCACGGCAAUGGCGAGUAGUUUGAAUUCCUCACACCCUCUCGCGUUUGCCGCGUCUGACGUGCAGGCGAUGUGUCUCGUUUCACGAGUGAUUUUCUGGAAAUUUCAAAGCGAAAGUCUUACGCUCGAAUUGUUAUAUCGACCAUAAUGAACAAGGCUCUUCUGCUCGCUUUGGCUCGGAUUCUCCACGGCGUUUGAAUUCAGUUUGGUUCUGAAGUAUUCUCAAUAUUCAGAGUCUAACAAGACCCGACCACAAUGAACAAGGCGUUUCUGCUCGCCUUGGCUCGCAUUCUCCACGGCGGUUCGCUCCCCCUGCACAACGCUGCCCGCAAGAGGAAGAAGAAACUUCCCAGACGUUUCUGCUCUCCACUGCGUGUGCUGCUGCUGCUCCUGGUUCUGACAGUUGUCAGCGUGGCUCUGCUGCUGCGCUCGUUUCACCAGCAGCGGCAAAUAGCAGACGAGUCUGGGCCCAAGGGUUUCAUCCGCUACAGUGCCUACCGCCUGGGCGGCAGCUCCUUCGCUGUGAUUGGUCUGGGCGCUUUGAGGCUCCGCCUGCGAACGCGCUUCCCCGGGUGCUCGUGGCAUGAGAAUGGGGCUCCCCCCGGGGAUGCAGGGAUACCGGGAGCGGUGGAGGCGUUUUACCCUGGGGAGCACCACGACUUGGAGUAUGAGGCGGUGGUUCUAAAAUGCUUGCUGAGGCACAACACACAUACUACACAAGGGGGAAAGUUGCUGCUGCAGGUGCAUGUAGAAACCACACAUGGCUCUCGGGUCAUAUCAGUCAACAAGCAGCAGCUGGUGGCCUAUCAUGAGCCACCCAACGCCUUCCCUGUGUCCCUGGAGCCGCAUCCCCCUUAUAAGCACCGCGUGGCGUUCUGCUCGCCUCCAGUACACUCGGAACUGGAUGGGAGGAGGCUAUAUGAGUGGCUGGAGUACCAUUAUCAUCUGGGCGUGGACUACUCGAUCAUGUAUGACGCAGGGGGCAUCGAUGACGAGGUCACUCAGGUCCUGAUACCAUACGAGCAAGCAGGGUUGUUGGAGGUCCGAGACAUUGGAGACUUUCUAGAAUACGAGACGUGGCUCUACGCACAGGUGAUGGUGGUCAAUGACUGUGCCUACAGCACGCGAUACUCUGCCAAGUGGACUCUCUUCUUCGACCUUGACGAGUUUUUCAACGCGGAUGACCCUCCGCCACCGCAAAAGGUUGAAGCCCACACCCACGUCCUCGCCACUCAGCUAGACGCUAUGGAGCACUGGCACAAGCAGCUGUGGCGGCUGCGAAAGCGGUUCGCGCGAGAGAGACGGAUGGAGCCGAAGAAGCAGAGAGAGAUGGAGGAGGAAGAGGAGGAGAAGUGGGAAGGGGAGGAGGGGGAGGGAGGGGAAGGAGGAGGAGGAGGAGGUUCAGGUGAAAACAACAGAGAAGCAGCAACAGCAGCAGCAGAAACAACAUCAGCAGCAGCAGCAGCAGCAGAGUCAGCAGAGCAAGGGCCAUCACACCGCACUCGUUUCUCCCUCGAGCAAAGGCGGGCAGCAGAGCAGGCCAAGGCGGGGGCGAACAGCACGGAAAGUAGAGAGGAGACUACAAAAGCCCGGCAGCAGCGGGUAGCUCGGCAGAUGCGGGAGCAGUACAGGAAGCUGAGAGCACGGAGAAAAGAGGACGAGGAGGAGGAGGAGGAGAAGGAGAAGCUACCUGGGGAGGAGGAGCAGCAGAGGCAUCUGCAGCAGCAGGUGGCGGAGCAGCAGUCUCAGCUGGAGGUGAUUCGGGCAUACAGAGAGCACCUGAAGCGGACUGCUGGCGAUCAGAGGCUCAUUCCGCUGGUGCUGGAGUCGUACGAUGGGGCAUCUUACCUGUCGCUUGGCACGCUGUGGUGGGACACGGAGAGGUGCAUCGACCCAUCAGAGGCCAAGGGCACAUGGGGCGUACAGCGCAUGUUCUACCAUUGGCCGCACAUCUACUGCCUCAAACCCGAGCUCUUCCCCAGGGCUGAGAUGUGCUUGGACUACUACGGCCAUCGCAAGUACGCCAUAAACCCUCGCAAGGUCACGGCACUCCAGAUCCACCGCCCGGUGCUCAACGACACGUACGGAUUUGAUCUCGACACCACUGUAGCGAAGCUCAACCAUUUCCAAGGCUACGUGCAGCGGGCGAAGCCUCUAAAUGCGACUGUAGAUAGCAGUGAUAGUAACGCGACAGCUAGUGCAGUGAAAGAGCAGCAGCCGCCUGCGUUUUGCUCGCAGAUUAUUCGUAUGGAUGAGCCGAUUGUCUGGUGGGCGCGGGGUCAGGAGAUUGGGGAGAUAGCUUCUGAGGCUCAGAAACAGCCUCGUGUGCCGUUGGAUGCCAUCCAACCCACAGAUGCAAUUCAGCCCACAUAUACAGUGAGGGGGGGGGAUUCUUGAGAUGUGUGAUUCAUCAGUGAGUGGAUUUUCGUCAUCAUGUGCUUCUGGUGGCAUGACUUGGCAUGUAGUGCGGAAUCAAAACCCACCAACAUGUUGUUGACAUCCUAUGCUUGAAGUGCCUAGUUCAUGUCGAGAGCUGGGGUUAGAUCCUUGGGGAAGGACCACAGGUGCAGAGCCUGGGGGGUUGUGGGCGCACUAUCCCGCUACGUAACACGCCCUUUUAACUCAGUGGUUAGUGACUGAGUUCUAAUAUGCUAUAAGAGCGUUG